UUUAUUUUUACCCAGAAACGGUAUGAAAUAUGUGGUUUAAUGGCACAGAAUUCAUUUAAGCAAAAACAAAUUUCCACUGUUUGCACAAUGUUUGUUGUUGUUCGUAAUCGCUGUCAUUUCAUGAGGUUAACUGGAUAUAUAGUUACAGCUUAAAGAAUAAAGUAGGUGCCUGACAAUCCCUCCCUCUGGCGUAUGAAUACAUUUAAUCUACUCGUGCUAAAAUGGAUGUUUUAUAUUAUCUCUGCUUCAUUCCUGCUCUACAUUCUCGAAUUUGAAAUGAGAUCAUUUCUGUACAUGAGAGGAAAGUUCCAAGAACAAACAAAAGAAAAAUAUGUCAUAGUUCUUGAUGGGGGAAGCACUGGAACUCGAGUCAACGUAUUUUUCUUUUCCUACAUUUCAAGUAAUAAUGCGACACUGGAAGAAGAUAUUGAAGUCAAAGGCAUAAAAAUUAAGCCCGAACUUGCAAGUUUCGCAUAUCAACCUCAGAACGCAGUACAAAAUAUUACAUAUUUGUUAGAAUGGGCCAAGAGUAUUAUACCAGUUGAGAAAUGGAAUGUGACUCCCCUAACAUUUAGAGGAACUGCUGCUCUGAGAGCAUUGCCUAAAUUUCUGUCAAGUUCUUUAUUCGAUGAGAUAAAUCAAGUUCUUCAGAAUUCUCCGUUCUACUGUCCAAAUAGAUGCAUAUCGCUUUUGACAGAAGAAGAAGAAGGUAUUUAUGGAUGGUAUGCUCUCAAUUACCUGAUUGAGAAACUAAAUGACUUAAACCAUUCAGCAGCACUUGUAGAAACAGGAGGAGGUUCAUUUCAAGUAACAUUUUCAGUGGAUAAUCAACAUGCACCGAAAGUGAAAUUUAUCAACAGCUCCUUUCCCAGCCUCAAGCAAAAACCAUUAGCUAUGUAUACUCGAAGUUAUUUAGGUUUGGGCUUCUUAAAUGCAAGAUUUUCUUUUCUUCAAGCAUCCAAUGACAAUUUAGGUCUCCCAGAAGAAAUCGGGAAAACAAUGUUUAUAAGUUCUUGCAUUCAGCCACAUCAUGCGGGGGUUUUGCAUUAUAAUAAUGUGGAUUACAUUGUUAUUGGUCAAAAGAAUAAAAAUUUUAGUUAUGAACAUUGCUAUCAAAAAGUUGUUAAUUUUCUUGGCAAUCAAGUAGAAAAGAUUGAAGAAUUGAACAAUAGAGACAUUUAUGUAGCAGGAAUAAAUUCCGGAUUAUCAUAUCCUAUGCGUAAAGAUGGUGACUAUUGUACACUAGACACUUUUGUCAACACCUGUAAACAUUAUUGCUCAGUCGAAAUACCAUACGCAACAUUUCUGUGUUUUGAUUGUACUUAUGUGGCAGCUUUUUUGACUCAUGGAUUGGGACUCGACAUAAGGAAAGAAGUUAAGAUUCUGAACAAAAUAGAUGGAAUUCCAAUUAAUUGGUGCUUAGGUGUUGCUCUUAACACGUUAAUCUGA